GCAAUACCAAUCUUUCAGGUUCCCCGGCAAUUCGACACACUCCGCGCAUGCCCCUUAGCUCAUACAGACCUUGCCGUACGCAAAACAAAGCGCAGAGGCACAACGAACGCAAAACAAAUCCCGACGCAGAAGAGAGCCGUCUGGUGUACGCUAGCAUAUCCCGCGUGCCACGCGAAUUGUCUCAACCCGGCGCUGAAGACGAAGAAAGAAACGACGGCCAUUGCACAGAAGAGGACAAAAAGCGACGAGAGGAGGCGAUCGUCGCUCUCUUCUUCGGACGCGCUCUCGCUGGCCGCGAUUCCGGCAAACCCGAUGGACGCUACAAGGGAACCCAGGAAUGCCUCGAAGAGCAAACUUGCCGUCCAGUCUUCGGGCUCCUCCAUCGAUAGAUCCCCCAAGGAGUCGUGUGUGAUACAUGUCAGAGCUAUGGCGAUGGAUGCCACGGAUAUCGUGAUGAGACCGAGUGUGCUCGACUUCUGACCCAGGCUAAGCCGUUGC